AUGUCAACAAAUGUUAAUAACAAAAGAGAUGACCAACAACCUUUAAAAAAAGGAGAGGAGAAAAGAUUUAGAUCAAACUACAAUAAUAAUCGAAAUAACAUUUAUAAUAAAAAUGAAAAUAAUAAAAAUGAAAAUAAUGAAAAAGAAUCAAUAUUUAAUGAACCAAAAAUUAAAUCAAUGUUUUCAUCAUUUAGUAAAAAAUUAGAUGAAGAUAAUGAUAGAAGAGAAAGAAUUGUAAAAAAUAGUAGAGAUAUAACGAUUGCAAGUAAAAGAGUAAUUUCAUUAUUACAACGUGCAGUAUGGGAGGAUAAACAAGAGAUAUUAAAACAAAGUAAACAAAAUCUUCAACCAAUUUUCAAUUUAUUUGGUAAUAUUAUAAAGGAAUUGGAUCAACAAGAAUAUUGGAAAUUUCAAAAAGCAUUUACAAAUGGUGUUCAAGAAUAUAUUGAAGCAGUUUCAUUUCAAUAUUAUAUAGAGUUUGGUGCUUUAAUACCAUUGGAUUCAAUAUUAAUACCAAUCAAAGAAGCAUUGAAUUUAGAUAGUUUAGGUCAAUUCAAUAUCUCUAUCGAUGAUUAUGCAUUGGGUAUUUGUGAUUUAUCUGGUGAACUUAUGCGUUAUUCAACUGGUUGUGUCACUGUUGGUAAAUACGAUGAAUGUUUUAAAAUUUGUGAUUUCAUUAGGUCAAUGAGUAGUGGUUUCAAAAAAUGUCAUUUAAAUAAAGAUAUUACUUCAAAAAUGAAUACAAUGGAAGAAAGUUUAAAAAAGAUUGAAAAAUUAUGCUUUAGUAUUAGAAUUAGAAAAUCGGAAUUCCCUGAUCAACAAAUUAAGGUUGAUAUUAAUGAUAUGAUUGAAUAA